ACCAGUGAAAAGAUUGUGCUAUCCGUCAGCCGAUAUGCGAAAACCUAUAUAAAAAGGCUGGUUAAUAUGCUGACCGUGCUAUUUUAUAACUGAUACAAAUAUCUGCUAUAUAUAAAUUUUUUUUCAGUACUUUGAUUGUGCCAAAAGUUGAUCCGCAUUUGUAACUGUGCAUCCCUAGCGCUCACCGGUUAUAUUUAUAGCAACGAUGGCUGUUGUCCUGAAGGUUUUACUUUUUGGUUUCCUCUGUUGUGUGGUCGGCCCGAGUAAUGCUCUGGGACCCUAUUCCAGCGACGAAGAGCAGAAUAACAAUGGGAAGCCGGACAGCUGGCAGGAGAUCACCUGGUGGCUGAGUCCGGAUUUCGAUACCGCAUCCGAUAUGCGCGCCGGUCAUCCCCGACCGCCGCAUCCGCGCCCUCCUUUCCCACCCCGAGUGCCAUUUUUUGUUGGAGUGUAUGAGUCCAAUCCGGAGAAGGAAGCGCAACGCAACAUGUUCAAGGAGUACCAAUGUCUAGGCUUAUCGACUGACCUAGUCGGCGCGACAAUACGUGUCAAUAUUUCCGUGGAAAACCGCACUAACUUCCAUUACACCGAAACCGCCAACAACAAUACAAUCUGGGACUUUACCUUCCAACUGGGUGUGGCCAAUUCAACGACUUUCCUGGGUGGGAACGUAGACGUUUUGGUGUUGGCCAAAAAUCGUGAAAACAAUCUGGAUAUUCUGUACAACAGUACGGCAACCGGACGUGUGCGCAUCUCCUUUGACUUCGAGGGACGGCUAGGACGCAGCCGCGGCUUCGAUGCGACAUACCGCUGUGACCGUAAUGCUACCAGCGACGCCACAUCAGCUGUGCAGCAGCCGUUAGACCGGCCCGGAAGCAACACUGUCAAGGGCAACCGCCACUUCUCCGCUGUCCGCCGACCACCGCCACCACCGCCCAACGCUGGGCAAGCCGAGGAUUUCUAAACAACUGGAGUGCUGUGUCGUGGGAAUUCAUUAACAUAUAAACAGCCAGGAUCAGCCGUGCAGCAUUUUUAUACCGAAUCGGUGGUCCUAAUUCUGACGUUCUGCUAACAGAUUACAAAAUUUAAAGUUUUCUAGAGUAUGCAUGUGGACUGAAUAAAAAUUACAAUGUUAUUGGCGCACUAAUUUAUACUUGCACGCAAGAUGUCAAACUUGAUUUCGUUUAACUGAAACAAAGCUGCAGACAAUAAUAUAAGAAAA